AUGCUCACUCCCCGCCUCGGGGCUAUGCCUCUGAGCACUCCUUUGGGUUCUCUUGCCCUCGAUCCGCAAGAGUCAAGCAAUAAGCCGGACUCCUGCGACACAGCAGGUGCAGACAUCACGGACACGACGCAAGACACGCCAAUGCCCGCCUCCAAGUCCGCGCCUCUCGGUAUCCCCGAGCGUGAAGAUCUCAAUCGAAGCCCGAGCCCGGCGUUAACUGUUUCUAAUGGCACUAUCGCCAGCAGUAUUGAGAGUAUCUCUCCUCCCUAUCCUACAUGGACUCGACUUCCUGUCGAUCCCCUUGAUUUGUCACGAUACGUCAGGCCCUUGCUAACGCACAGUCCCACUUCACCGCCAUCCGUUAUUGAGAGCCUCGCGCCCACCAACAGUACGAUGGCAUCGCCUAAUCCCACGUCCGCUUCAGCCGGGAGCUUACCGACGAGCACCUCUUCUUCGAAUUCUCCCAAAGCCGACGUCGGAUUUGGUUCAAUGCACGCAGAGGACGAACUUAAGAAGGCUUUGUCCAACAAAGAUAGGAUGUUUGUUCUCAUGCUCGGCAAGGAGUUCGAGGCUUUCAUCGGACGAGUGCACCGCGGCGAAUACACUGGGCGAAUCCCUCCUUCACAGGCGAGCGCAGCAGCUAGUCUCGUCGAAUCGCUUUACCCGAGCAAGAAGAUUGACGUCACGGCGAUUUCGAAGUACCAGCGAAUGUUGACAUACAAGCUCGCUGAGUGGUACGGGUUGCGAGCGGCUCCGGGCAUCGAGGGUUCGAUGGUUGUGGGUGUUCUUGGCGCACUGGAGGAGAAAACCUUGUCAUUACGUGUCUCGACGCUGGUUCCGGAAGCGACAGCUCCUCAAAUGCAGCAGUUCCGAAUCAUGCAGCGUGAGGCUCCCGCCGGAGACGACGACAGCCCCUCGAGGGGAACGUCCAUCUCGGGGGAUGAUGGUACCGAAUCUUCGGGACCCCGAGGGAAGAGUCUGCAGGAAAGGGCCGAAGCCUACGCUCUUGCGCGCAAGCGCAUCAUAGGCGACGACGAUCUGAGAGACGAUGACAGUCUCUCUGCAGGAGCGUCGGCGGGGAACACCCGCUCUCGUCAGACAUCCAGGUUUGGCGAUGACGACGAUGAUGAGAUGGAUGCCGUCCCCCGUCGGCCGUAUGGCCCCGAUUUCGAGUUCGUCUAUCCUUCGCUUUACCACCCAUCUCCCGAAGCUCAGCAGCAGCCCCCUUCAGCACCGAGCUCAGUGACAUCGUCGUCUAUGCCGACGAACCCGGGAUAUGGCUAUCAGCCGACUCCGCCUCCCUACCAAGGCGGUGGAUAUGCUCCACCUACCAUGGGUCAGCAAGCAAUGGGUUACGACGGCCGCCAGUACAACAUGCCGCCAUACGCCAAUCAGGCUUACGGUCAAAUGCCGAUGAACGCGUAUGGACAGGCGCCCUGGGCUCAGCAAGGCGGAAUGGGCCCUGGCCCAAUGAUGGGGCAACAGGUGCCAAUGAUGCCAAUGGGGCAGGGGUGGUAUCCUCCUGAGAUGUCCAUGGCACCCUCUGGACCGAGCAUGAUGCCGAUGAUCCCUCAGGGGAUGCCCUACGCGCCGAACAUGGGGUAUCAAGGUCCGAUGCUUGCUCAGCCUACGCCUAUCCGAGCCGACCCACUUAGCUCCACCAGCUCCUCGAUCUCGAGCAGAUCUUACCAGGAUGUCCAUUCGCGUCCACACUCGCGAGGCUCGACAACAAGUACGCGAAGUGCUGCUUCGAGUGUAAGGCUAGGCGCUAUAUAUCCGACGACCCAGCAGCCAGGGUACGGGUAUCGCCAGAAGGCGGUCAAAGCCCAGAGCACCUACUCGACGUUGAAGAGCGUAAACCUGCACGAGGGCAAGCGCAACGGACGCCAGAGCCCGGCCUCGACGACGUCUUCGCGCUCCUCACGUCGAACAUCCAGUAUUCAUAUCCAGCAACCCCAGCCAGGACAACAUCCGCUCCCACAACGGCCGGACUGGGCCGCCAACAACGUCCCGUAUCAUCCCACGGCUUUGCACAUCUCGCCCAGUGCAGGCGGAGAGCCGUCCACUUCCGACUUCCCACCUUUGCACCGAGGACCGGGCACCAACGCGGAGCCGAUGCAGAUCGAGAAGGUCAAGAUGCGGCCCAACGGUAGCCACAGCAAUCCGACGGUGUGGAGCGGGUCCAGUGGUUCGCGGCCAUCACCACAACCUCAUCAUCUGUCCCAUCACAACCCUCAUCACAAUCCUCACCACACUCCAGUUCCUACGCCUCCGCCUCAGCUGACGCCGCCGGCGAUUGCCAUCAUCCCCAACCCCAUGAACCGUGCAGCGGCUUUGCUUGACAGCAACAGCGACCCCGACUUCCCGCGACGCACGCCCAGUGGAAGGACACCGUCGCUGUACGACCCCAGCGCACCCAAGAUCAAAAGUCAGCCAGCGCCGCAGCCAGAUGAGGUAGAGAUGAUGGCUUCGUUGAGCGUGGACGGACAGCCGAGUCAGCAGGGUUCGAGGGCUCCCAGUUACGCGAAGAUUGUAAGGCGAGACUAG